CAAUCCCCUCCCAAACCAAGAAUCAAAAUGAAAUUCCUCAUUGUCUUCGUUGCCCUCUUCGCCGUUGCCUUGGCCGCACCCGCCGAAGUUGAAAUCGUCAGAAGCGAAUCCGAUGUUGGACCCGAAAACUUCAACUUUGCUUGGGAAACCAGCGAUGGUGCUAAAGCCGAAGCUCAAGGUCAAUUGAAGAACGCUGGCUCCGAACAAGAAGCUAUCUCCGUCAAGGGCUCCUACAGCUUCGUUGCUGAUGAUGGCCAAACCUACACCGUCGAAUACGUCGCCGAUGAGAACGGUUUCCAACCCUCCGGUGCCCAUUUGCCCGUUGCCUAAGAAGUUGUUAGCAGAUUGUUAAUGAAUCCAAAUCUUACCUCGCUUCCUAAAAUCCUAUAAUCCCCCAACCCAAAUC